AUGCUAACUUCCACUUGGCCCCAUGCCUCCUAUCCCCUGAGUUCCUCUGAUGCCAGAAAUCCUGAUGGGCCAUCCGGUGUCACGAUCCUGAUCGGCUAUUUGGGGUCAAAACCCCUGGCUGAAUUUGAGAAAGUCUCCGUGUUCAAGGGCAACCCUGUUGCCAAGCUGUGGGUUCUUGGCAAGGGCUCCGCCCUCCAGUGUCCAGGAGUUUCCGAAACUGGAGCUGGCAAUCCAACUGCACCCGCCCCCAGCUCCCAGCGGCCAGGGGGACAUGGCAACCCGACCUUGAAAUUCAAGUGCAGCUUUUCGAUUGAAGGCACGGUCUUUAAAAUCGGCCUGGUCGGCCCAUGGAACUGCCAUCCCUUUUUUGGUAAGGCUUUUCCCCAGAUGGCUGCUAAGUUAGCUCUUCGGCGGAUAAAGGAGGACACCUCGCUUAACGUCGGCCAUGAAUUAAACUGGACGCUACUGGAAGAGGACUGCCACACCUGCACAGCCCUAGCCAGGUUCGUCGGCUACGAAAAACUUGCUUCGGCUUUUGUAGGCCCUCUGAGCCCAGGCUACUGCGACACAGCCGCUUUGCUCAGUAAGACCUGGAACAAAACAAUCUUCUCGUGGACGUGUGUCAACUACGAAGGGGACCGUCCGCAUUGUCCCCCUGCGCUCGUCUGGACGCUGCCGCCACCCACCGACGUCCUCGUGGCUGUGCUGAAAUAUUUCAACUGGGCUCACGUCGGCAUCGUCUCAUCCCAAGAGGACUUCUGGGUGGACACAGCCAACAGGCUGGCUGUCGCCCUGAGAAACCAGGGGCUCCCCGUACGUCUUGUCACGACAAUUGAUGACAGAGAGUCAAAAGUUGAAGAGGCUUGGUCAAGAAUCCAGGCUGCUGAGGACAUUAAAGUUAUAAUUCUGUGCAUGCCUUCAGCUCUGGUUGGAGGGGAAGCUCAGUCCAUGCUGCUAACCCAAGCUCAGGAAAAGGGUCUGGCUGACGGGAGAUACAUUUUUGUGCCGUAUGACACCUUACUCUACAGCCUCCCUUACCGGAACCAUUCCUACUUCCUCCUCGACAAGGACCGUACGUUCCGGGAAGCUUAUGACGCGGUCUUGACUAUCACCGUAGAGUCCGGAGAGCAAACAUUUUAUGAAGCAUUCGAGGCAGCAAAGGGAAGAGGGGAAAUAACAACAGAUUUGGAACCACAGCAGCUGAGUCCUCUCUUUGGGACCAUCUACGAUGCUAUUUACCUGGUCGCCAAAACCUUGGAUAAGGCCCGUCGGCCUGGGACUUCUGAGAUCUCGGGGAUGAUGCUGGCAGAACAUGUGAAGAACCUCAACUUUGAAGGAUUCAGCCACAGGAUCCAGGUCAACAGCAAGGGGCAGGUGAUAGCCAAUUAUGUGAUCCUGGAUACGGACGGCAAAGGGGGCUAUUUAUCCCCUACCUACCUGCUGCUUACAUCCUCUGGCUUGCUACAGCCCCUGGGAAGAGCCAUACAUUUCCCCGGAGGAGACCCUCCCCCUGCCGAUUCCAGCUGCUGGUUCGAUCCAGAUGUUCUGUGCAUUAGAGGCAUAGGUCCACCCAUUGUGAUCCUGGUGUUGCUGCCUCUUCUCUUCCUGCUGCUGUUUGGAAUAUGCCUUGUGUAUCUCUUCAGGCACAGCGCCUUCUAUCGCCACGUCAUCCAGGGGUCCAAGAAAUUGCUCUUGACCCUGGAUGACCUCACUUUCGUGCAUGCCAAGCUGAGUCGCAUGAAACUGACCCUGGACAACUUCAGUGAGACCAAGAGCCACGCCGAAGGCCGAAGCCUGAAAUCCGCCACUCGCUCCGGGUCCAUGAAAAGUGCCUCCGUGACCUAUGACACUUCCAAUGUGGCGGUGUAUGAGGGAAAUUGGGUGUGGUUGAAGAAGCUGGAGUGCGGAUCGUCCGGUGACCUGAAGCUCCCUGCCACCUCCUUUUUAAGCAAGAUGAAGGACCUACGCCACGAAAACGUGAAUCCAUUCCUAGGUCUGUUGUCUGACGGCAGCCUCUCGGCCAUGGUGGUGGCAUUCUGCUCCCGUGGGAGCCUGGAGGAUUUGCUGCAGAAUACAGAAAUCAAGCUGGACUGGAUGUUUAAAUCCUCUCUCCUGACAGACUUGAUUAAAGGAAUGAAAUAUUUACACCACCGGGAUAUUCUCCACGGACGCCUGAAGUCUCGAAACUGUCUGGUGGACGGGCGGUUUGUCCUGAGGAUCACCGAUUACGGCUACAGUGAAUUUUUGGCAGCCCAGCAACCUAAUAAACUUUUUUCCUUCCUUCUCCCCUCAGAAUUGCUCUGGACAGCUCCAGAGUUGCUGAGAGAUUCCGCAAUAUUCCCGAAAGGCACCUUAAAGGGUGAUGUGUACAGCUUUGCCAUCGUCCUCCAAGAAGUCGUCUUACGGGGCCCACCGUAUUGCACGUCACAAGCCUCAGCUGAAGAAAUUAUACGCAAGCUGAAAAAAACUCCACCCUCGUUGCGUCCGAAUGUUUCUCUGGACAGCGCCCCCUUGGACUGUAUCCAGCUGAUGAAACAGUGCUGGAGCGAAUCACCGGAUAGAAGGCCCGCAUUUGAUGAGAUCUUCGAACAGUUUAAAACCAUCAACAAAGGCAGGAAGAACAAUAUCGUCGACUCCAUGUUGAGGAUGCUGGAACAAUACUCGAGCAAUCUGGAAGAUUUGAUUCGGGAAAGGACCGAGGAGCUGGAGCUGGAGAAACUGAAGACGGAGAAACUUCUGACCCAAAUGCUUCCUCUAUCGGUGGCGGAAACCCUGAAAACCGGAGCUACGGUUGAGCCUGAGUAUUUCGAUGAGGUCACCAUCUAUUUCAGUGACAUCAUCGGCUUCACCACCAUCUCUGCCCUCAGCGAGCCCAUUGAGAUUGUGGAUCUCCUGAAUGACCUGUACACCAUGUUUGAUGCUGUCAUUAGCCAUCAUGAUGUUUACAAGGUGGAAACCAUCGGUGAUGCCUACAUGGUUGCUUCAGGGCUGCCAAAACGAAAUGGUCAGAGGCACGCUGCCGAAAUUGCCAACAUGGCAUUGGAUAUCCUCAGCUCGGUAGGGUCUUUUACAAUGAAACACCUUCCUGGUGUGCCCGUCAGGAUUCGAAUGGGGCUACACUCGGGGCCCUGCGCUGCUGGAGUCGUGGGCCUCACGAUGCCACGAUACUGUCUGUUUGGCGACACGGUGAAUACGGCUUCGCGGAUUGAAUCCACUGGUUUGCCAUACAGAAUUCACAUCAGCCAAAUCACCAUGAAAAUACUGAAGAGUCUGAACGAAGGCUAUAAAAUGGAGUUCCGAGGGAAAACCGAGCUGAAGGGGAAAGGUUUACAAGAGACAUAUUGGCUAGUUGGAAAGACGGAUUUUGGAAAACUGCUGCCACGCCCUCCCGAAGUGAAACCCGGGCAGCCUUGGCAGGAUACGGUGGUCCGGGAAAUCAAGGCUGCAUUGAGGGACCCAAAGAGGAGAUCCAUCAGCAAGCAGAAACCAUCCUAACUGGGCAAAAGGCACAUCCGAACGAGUUCCUACAAGCAACCAACAGUGACCAACUCAUCAAGAACGCAUGACUGAUCGUCACAACGUGAAAGAAAGAACAUUUUCCAAAUAAAGGUGGUGGAUUCUUCAUCAUUGGAAGUUUUAAAGUAUUGUUUGGAUGCCUAGUU